UCUGUGACUUCAUCGAUUGCUUCUGCCUGAGCAGCCGCAGGCCCGCAGGGAUCGACUGCUCGGGUCUGGCGAGUCAGGCGCGGGAAAGCCGAGUUUGAAGCCGGUGGGUUCGGUGCGGCGGGCGGCUUCCUCAUCCCUUGACGCUGCCGCGAGCAGCCAUGUCGGAGGCGUAUUUACCGGUGGAGUCCGGCGCCCUGGGACCCGAGGAGAACUUCCUGUCCUUGGACGACAUCCUGAUGUCCCAGGAGAAGCUGCCGGUGCGCGUCGAGACGUCCAUGCCGCGCCUGGGCGCCUUCUUCCUGGAGCGGGGCGCGGACGCCGAGUCGGACCACGCGCUGCCGCAGGGCACAAAGCUUGAGCUUCCCUUGUGGCUGGCUAAAGGACUCUUCGACACCAAGCGGCGCAUCCUUUCUGUGGAACUUCCCAAGAUGUACCAAGAGGGAUGGAGGACUGUGUUCAGUGCAGACGCUAAUGUCGUGGACCUCCACAAAAUGGGGCCCCAUUUCUAUGGGUUUGGCUCCCAACUUCUGCACUUUGACAGUCCAGAGAAUGCAGAUAUCUCCCAGUCUCUGCUGCAGACUUUUAUUGGACGGUUCCGCCGCAUCAUGGACUCCUCCCAGAAUUCUUACAAUGAAGACACUUCAGCACUGGUAGCCAGGCUAGAUGAGAUGGAGAGAGGCUUAUUUCAAAUAGGGCAGAAAGGGCUGAAUGACUUUCAGAGCUGGGAAAAGGGUCAGGCUUCUCAGAUCACAGCAUCCAAUCUCGUUCAGAACUAUAAGAAGAGAAAAUUCACUAAUAUGGAAGACUGAACACGGAACAGCACUGCAACUUGUGGAUUUAUCUGUGUCCCUGAUAAGACCUAGUUAACUUCAUGGGUGACCCAACUGUGUGCUGCUUUUGACCUUCAGCAAGCUCCAAGCUUGGAACUACCUGGUUGGGGGCAGAUGUGCAUGCCCUUGAUCCUGUUGGUCUUCCUGGACUUCAGUUACCUGCUGUCCCACAGCAAGGCCUUUUGACCCAAGAAUGCCACUGAGGAGGAGCCAGAGUCCAUCUUAAAUAAGGAUCUUGGACAUUUACAUGGUCAAGUUGGAACUGGGAUUCCUCAGGUGUCUGGUCUUGUUGGCUGCAAAGGACAAGUACAAAGUGGGUCAUCUCUGCCUGUUCACAAAUUUCUCUUAAGCUUAUUUGCCUUACCUUCCUCAUGGUUGGACAAAGGACAUCGUCCCCUCCAUGCUGCCCGCCUGCUGGGACUUACCCCAAUUUCCAAAACAGGAAAUUGGGAGGAAAAGUGAAAGUCAGAUGAUGGCAGAGCAGAAAGGAGAAGACGUUGAGCUCUUGGGCCUGUAAUCAGGGCUUUUGAACUAGAGUCACAUCCCUUCAGUCCACCAGAGGGGCCGUGGUGUGCUUGUCAGUGAUCUCUGGAACACAGGCACACUUGUUCCAUUCCCUGUCUAGAAAAGCUGUCAGGGAAGUGUUAGGAGUUGAAAAGUAGUUAUUAAAGGGUGUUUACCAGCCUUGGUAAUAUCUGCAUCAGGGGCUUACACGUGAAGAGCCUCAGCUGAAAAACAGCCUGGUAAGUGUUAGUCGGGAAGACUUCUUUACAUUUUUUCUCUCCAGGGUUAACUACUGCAACAUUAAUG